AUGCUGUACGCAUCGUUCAUUAUGUUCUUUGUGCUUAUGGCAGUAACCGUUCGGUCACAGGAAGAUCUCAUGGAUGUGGAUGGUACAGAACCGAAUGAAGGUGACGAUGUUUUUGUCGUCGGUAUUCCAGACGUCGUGGCUUUCCGAGAUUCUUCUUCAUAUGAAAAGCGAAAAGUGAUGCCAUUUUCUGGAGGCAUGUACGGAAAAAGAGCAGUAACAAUGCCUUUCUCCGGAGGGAUGUAUGGUAAACGAGCUGCAAUUAUGCCAUUUUCCGGAGGGAUGUACGGAAAGAGAGCGGCCGUCAUGCCAUUCUCAGGUGGAAUGUACGGCAAAAGGGCCGCGGUCAUGCCAUUUUCUGGAGGUAUGUACGGAAAACGAUCUGCACCAAUGCCUUUCUCUGGGGGAAUGUAUGGCAAACGAGGCGCCAUUUUCUUGACAGGAGGACUGUACGGAAAGAGGGCAACAACCAUGCCAUUUUCUGGUGGCAUGUACGGAAAACGAGCUGAUCGUUAUAUCAGGUCUCCAAUGCCUCUCAGUGGUGGAUUCUACGGAUAA